AUGAAUCAUACAAGACGCAUGGUUCUCGUUCCUGAAAACACUCUGGAACGAUUGCAGCAACGCCAGCAGAUAUUAGCACCACCUGUAACACAAACUCUGAAAAAUCUGGAUAGCCAAAUGGGGGAAAUUUUAGAAAGUAAACAACUUGGUGAUGAGGAAAAGGCGAAGCUUUACAAUCAGGUGUUGCAACGGUACUUGACUUGUUACGAUCAGCGGAAAGGCCAGCCUCUCCAUGUGAAGUUAACGACCCCUAAAACAACAGAAACCCCCAAACCAGUUGAGAACGCAGAAUCUACAGAGGAAGCUUCUCCAGAUAAUUCUCGGAGAGGAGAGCUGUUGUAUGAAAACAAACCAAUCCCCGGUUCUCAUGUGGUCGACCUAGUCAACGACACAUUGCGUCACCGAAAAGGAUCUGAACCAGUGGGGUGGUCCGUGUUUGCGAGGAGCCUGGCGCGAAUGAAUGUCCCCGAAAACUUGGUUCGUAAUCCCCAACGUCAGAGUGCCAUAAGAGAGUUUAAAGCAAGAGUGAGAGAGGAGACCCCAGAAAGUCCUUCGCGUUGGCUACCCACCCCACCUGUGACGGAUCUACUGUGCUCGACUUGCCGCUAUUCUAUUCAUUGUCACUGUUUUUCAUAGUCCUACUACAACCACUAUUACGUCUUUUAAUUUAUAUUUAUGUAUAUAUGUAUACAUGUUCAUUUAUAGUACAUAUUUUGCCCCCCUUCGUCGAUUUAUAUAUUAUUCAUUACGUGUUUAUAGCCUAUUCUACUGUAAAUAUUGUCUCUUUUGUGUAUAUAUAUAUAUAUUUAUAAAUUUAUUUGUUUUAGUCUUCUAAAUUUAUUUAUCUAUUUAUCUAUUUUUUUGAGGGCCGUUGGUUAGAAAACUGUAACAGGUUAUUGCGCUUCCCUCUUUAAAUAAAGUUAUUGUAUUGUAUUGUAUUGACGUUAUCUUCUGUCAAAAAGCAGAGGCGCAGAGCCGAGAGUCCUCGCCCUCAGGCUGUUCGAUGGUUACGAUUAUAA